CUUUCUGUUUAUAAAGCUCGCUGAAAUCACUCAAUUUUAAGCGGAAAUAAUAAUGUGUUACUGUUAUUAACUACAUUUUGUAGUUAACUCAUACCCAAAAAAAAUGUUUAGUUUAUUUCUAGAGCACUAGAAAUAUUUUUGAUCGUGGUGGCUCGAAGAUUUACAUUAUUUUGUGAUCAUAUCAUGGGGAAUUGUCGUUGUAUUUUAUUACCAGAAUACAGUUUACAAAAUAAAAAAUGUGUUUACAUAGUUAAAUAUGAAACAGAGAGACUCCUGCGAGAUACAUAUAAAGUACUGUACUUGUACUAUGAGAUAUCAAACGCGUAUUGUUUUGAAUGUCUUAGGCGGAAGUAAAAUGUUGAGCUGAAAUGUAAUAUACAAAAUCGUCCAAGUUAGUGAUACUUACCUCUUCUAUCAAAUGGGACUUUUCGGGAUUGGAGUGUCGUGACAUUCCACCAAGUAGAUGAUGGACCCGCCCCACGUCGACAUGUCAAGCGAGGACCCAGCAAGGCCCGCGAAUCCUGGGACUUUCCUAGCCAGCCAAUGCGGGAAGAGCGGCCACGCGCAGGCCAGAGUUGGCGUGGACUUCCCAGUCUUUGUGGUUCUCCCUGCCGGUGGCAGCGGAGAGAGGACCGGACUGCAGACACCCAAACAGUUUUGCUUGUUACUGGGUCGACCGCUUAUAAGCUACACCAUUCAGGCUUUUGAGAGGGUAUCAUGGAUCCGCAGCAUUGUGGUUGUCGUGGCCAAAGAAAACAUGGACCUGAUGGCGGCCAUCAUUGGGCGCUUCCGGCACGACAAGGUCCGGGUGGUGCCGGGUGGCUCCACGCGUCACAGGUCCAUUUGCAACGGCGUCAUGGCUCUGGGUGAGGUAGAGGAGGAGGAGGCAGAAGAGGAGAAGGAGAACAAGGUGGUCAUCAUUCAUGACGCCGUGCGACCUUUUGUUGAGGAGGACCUACUGUAUCGGGUAACCAUGGCUGCCCAGGAACAUGGAGCUUCGGGGGCCAUCCGACCGCUCGUCUCCACGGUGAUCGCCACCACAUCGGAGGGCUUCCUUGACCACUCGCUGGAGCGAGCCAAGUACAGAGCCAGCGAGAUGCCUCAGGCCUUCAUGUACAGCAUCAUCCAGAGAGCCUACAAGAGGUGCACCGAGGCCGACUUUGACUUUGGUACCGAGUGUCUCCAUCUGGUGCUGCAGUACUGUGGCACAAACGCCAAGCUCAUCGAGGGCCCGCCCACGUUGUGGAAGGUCACCUACAAAAGGGAUUUGGCUGCUGCAGAGUCAGUCAUUAAAGACACAUUAUCUCGGUCGGCCUGCAUCAUCACAGGUGGAUGUUCGCAUGCUAGGAUGCUGGCCGACUCCCUCUACAAGGCCUUUUGUAACCUAGAAAUGGAGCUGGAUAUCAUCCCAGAUGUGAGAGGAGACAACGGCUCCAGGAUCAAGGCCUGGAACUUCAUCCAAUUUUCUAUGAAUGACUCUGAUUUGGAUAAAGUGGAGGCCACGUUUGCGGCUGUGGAGGGGACUAAUCAAACGCUUCUCCACCCAGUGGUUGUCAUUGUGGUCCAUUUAAGAACUUUGGAUCGAUGGGCAGCCGAGCCGACUGCCUUUGCAGAAUUGGCCUCGGCAGCCAAGCUCCGGAAUAUUCUCUUGUAUGGCGUCCAUCUGCAGCAGUCAAAGGAUGCCGAGCAUUGGGCAAGGUCUUUGUCCAAAGCAGCAGAGUUGGCAUCAGCAUUGAUUCGGGAGCGGAGUGAGGCCUUGGUGGGUCAACUUCUACAAACGUGACGCCGCAAAAAAAUUAUUUUAAGUAGGCUCCACUAUCAAAUGGACUGAAAGGCGCAAGCUGUCCUAAGCCCGCCUACACAUCUUGAUGUUUUUUAUUUUAUUUUAUUAUUAUUUCAAAAGCCCACCGCGACUAAUAAAUUGGCUUGUACAUGUGGAAUUGUUGGAAUGUCACUUUAACAUUCUCCUGACUGAUGCUUUUUUUUUAAAUUUUUUUAUUUUAUUAUUAUUUUUUUUAAGAGUGCUUGUUAAAAAUAAAGCUGAUUUUUCAUCACGUGAAGUAUUUUACA